AUGAAUUGUUAUUUUUAUAGCAUGUGAAAGUUAAAUCAAAUUUUUUUAAAAUAAAAUGGCAGGAAGAGGCAGAGGUAAUGGGAAGUCAUUAACUCAUGAACAGUUACAAGCUCUUGGUAUCACUCGGGCAGAUAAUGCACCACAAAUUCUAGCACCACCGCCUUUAUUUCCAAAAUUAGAAGUAAAACCGCUUCCCUUAAAUUGUGACGCGGCGACGGAUUACAUGGUUAUAGUAAAGGAUCAAUUUAUUGAAUAUUUGCAUGAGUCACCUGCGUACGUUAAAGCAAAUACACGAACUGAUGGCAUAGAACGAUAUUCCGACAAAUACAAGCUUCUCGCUUUAGAUGCAAAAAAAGGUAAGGUUUUAGAUUGUGUUUGGGCUAACAUGCCGCCCGAGUUAAGGCCACACGGUGGUCGAGCUCGCACCACUACCCGGAAACGAAAAUUAGACGACCCUAUUGAAAUAGCAAAAAGAUUACAGACAUUGGAGAAGAAAGAAUCUCAGGAAGAUACAGCUAUGGAAACAAAUGAAAAUGAAGAAGAAGUAAAAAAAGAAGAUGAAGAUAAUGAAGAGCUGCUGGAUGAACAAGAACAGGAAGAAGAAAUUGAUGAUGGAACGGACUACGCAAAUAACUAUUUUGAUAAUGGAGAAGAUUAUGAAGAUGAAGAUGAUGCUCUUGAUGAUGGACCAGUAUACUAACUUAAAGUAGUUUUUUUUCAAUCUGUGAUAAUAAAGGAAAUAUAUUAAUAA